AUGUAUGCUCUAAGGUGGUUAUAUAGGUGUCACCAGUCCAGCAAAAACACACAGGACAAACCAAAUUUCAGACUGGACUUUGAGGCAUCCAGCAACACAUUAUUAUUAAUGAAUGGGAAGUGUGAGGGUAGGAAGGGUAUCAUUGGAAAAUGCUGGGCCAUGUAUAGAAUCAGUGGGGAUGAAGUCUUCAACUCUGUAUCUACAGUGUUAAUGAAUGGGAAGUACAAGGGUAGGAAGGGUAUCAUUGGCUACUACAGGAUACUUACCCUCAAUAGUGAACAAACUACUGAGGGAAUACUAGUAGAAAAUACUACAAUGGUCAAGUACCACAGGGGCACUUUAUGUUCCAACAGUGGGGUGGUGCUCACUGAAAGUGAAGAUGGGGGGGUAGCCAUCUUCAUCAUCAGAUGGAUAGUGGUGUCUCUUGUGUGGGGGGCUCUGAUAAACAUACUCAACCACACUGCAUUGGUCAGACUAACAGCAUACCUGUGA